UUCGACGGACCGUGGACAAGUGUUGCGCGACUUCCCGGCAGCGGUGUGGCCCUCUGCGUCCGGGCAGGGCCGAGGGGAGCUGCGUCACCGGCCACCUGGGCUGGCCACGGCUCCGGGCAGCGCCUGGCAUUUCGGAACGUCGCGGCUCAGAGAACCAGACUCACAGACUGAGUGACGAUGACUCACCUGUAGCCCUUUGCAGACGCCUGGGCCUUUCGUCUGCCCAGCUUUUGUGGGUUAUGGUGAGCCAGUGUGUGGCCAAAUACUGGGGAAAGGGUGCUGAGUGCAAGACCUUUGUCCGGGUUCCGAACCCCUCCCAUAAAAUGGUAAAAUAAUGGCACCUACUUCUAAAUGGUGGUUGUAAGGAUUAAUUUUAACUCUUAUUUGGUAGCAGUUUAGAAUUUUUGCACCCUGAUAGUAAAUAAAAGCAAAGAAAAACUAACAGUAUUUUUGUUUGGCUAAAUUAAUUAUGUCACCCUUGAAGAGAAUGAGAAUCACCAUAUCUACAGCAUCUGCUCCUCCCUGGAUCUCCAGCCUGCUGGCCUACUUUGCAGAUUUGAACUUGCCAAACUCCACAAUCAGGUUGUGAAAAUAAAUCCACAAUCUUUUAUAUUCAGGAGUUUGGAGACCCAGGUACGCCAUCCACGGUGUUUUUGCAAACAUCACAGGAGAACCCUCUGUGUGAGACAGCUGAAUUGUCUUCUGCUCCUGCCUGGUGCUUGCUGGAAGGUACCCAGGUCUCACUUGGUUUGAAAUUGUUUUUGCUCUCUAAGCAGCAGAAGCCAUGGAUCACCCAGCGAAGUGGAGAACACCACUACUCGAGCAUCUGUAUCUCAAGCUCUUUCAGUUCUUGAUGCUAACUAGUCCUUUUUACUUCUGUUCAGGCAUCAUCCAGGUGAACAAGACAGUGAAAGAAGUAGCAGUACUAUCCUGUGAUUACAACAUUUCCACUGAAGAACUGAUGAAAGUUCGAAUCUAUUGGCAAAAGGAUGAUGAAAUGGUGUUGGCCAUCAUGUCUGGAAAAGAGCAAGUGUGGUCCAAGUAUGAGAAUCGUACCUUCACUGACUUCACCAAGAACCUCUCCAUUGUGAUCCUGGCUCUGCGCCUGUCAGACAAUGGCAAAUACACCUGUAUCGUUCAAAAGAUUGAAAAAGGCUCUUACAAAGUGAAACACAUGACUUCGGUGAUGUUAUUGGUCAGAGCUGACUUCCCUGUCCCUAGUAUAACUGACCUUGGAAAUCCAUCCCGUAACAUCAAAAGGAUAAUGUGUUCAACCUCUGGAGGUUUUCCAAAGCCUCACCUCUCCUGGUUAGAAAAUGAAGAAGAAUUAAAUGCCAUCAACACAACAGUUUCCCAAGAUCCUGAAACUGAGCUCUACACUAUCAGCAGUGAACUGGAUUUCAAUAUAACAAACAACCAUAGCUUUGUGUGUCUUGUCAAGUAUGGAGACUUAGCAGUAUCACAGAUCUUCAACUGGCAAAAAUUUGAGCCACCCCCUCCUGAUAAUUCAUUCCUGCUCUGGGUCAUCGUAGUAGUAAGUGGGAUUUUUGUGAUCACUGUCAUUAAAGGAAUCUGCUCAGCCUACAGACUUGCUGCAAGAUGUAGGAGAAAGAGGAAUGAGGAGGGCAUGGACAUGGAAAAGAUCACUCCUAUCAACAUAGGAUCUGCCCAAGCAUCCGUAUGAGCAGAACAUCUAGAGGUCCCACCUCCAACUUAGAUUGACCUCUUCUUUGAAUUUCCUCGGAUGGCCAGGAUUAUCCCACCUUGCACUUCAAGUAUCUGUUCUCUAGGAGCCUCUUCAUUUCAGUGGCCCUGCAAAAAGUGACCAGAGGAAUAUGGUGGGGAUAUAAGUAGCUCUGGUAACCUUGGUCAAAGAAUUUAGAAACAAAGAAUUGUUCAGGCGUGGAAGAGACAUUUGAAAACACUUGUCUCAUUAAUGACAAGGACAUCAAGGCCCAGGGGGGUGACCUGAAUGAUAGAGGCCUGAGCCAGAACUCAGAUUUCCUGUCUCUGGUGCUCUUUUCCAUUAGUCUGGCUCUGUGCUAUUAACUGGUGUGUGUCUGUAUAUAUAUACACACACACCAGUCAAAAUGCUUCUGGAAAAAGAAUUUGUCCAAUGUCAGGUCAACUCUUGAGACUUGAUAUGAUGCAACGCUGGAGGAUUUUGUGUUGUUAUAAAAAGCAAUCUGAUGUUCAUGUGUUGGUAGUAUGCUGGUAUGUAUACCGAUGCGAGGACGAUGGAAACAUUAGUGGUGUUAGCCAGUAUUUCAUUUUUCAUUGUGCUCUCUUCUGUUGCUCUCCCACUUCUCCAUCAGGUUCUGGAGAAAGUAGAUCUAUCAAAAACUGAUAUCCUGUGACAUGUAAGAUGAAUGACUUAUACACCUCAAAGCAAUAGUCAGGAUGGAGAGGGAUAGGUGGGUUUAAAGAAUCAUAUCCUACUGGUUCAUAUUGGACUAAUAAUCUCCUUAAAUGGCUUUAUGCUAGUUUAACCUCAUUUAUAAAAUAUGAGAAGGUUCUCAUUUAAAAUGAGAUAGGUUUUUAUGGUGUAUUACUAAACAGUAAGCUGUCCUUAGAAAUCUAUCGAGGUAAUGAAAACAGCAUUCCAUAGGCCUUCCUUAGAUCCCUAAAGUGGCUUUUCCUCCUUGGUAUUUCUUUUUUUUUUUUUUUAAAGGCUACUUUUUAA